CGCUUCUCAAGCAAUACUAAAUGAAGAAGAAACACAACCAGAAGUCAGCUGUCAAAAAAGUAACUCAAGUGUAAGCAACGCGUGAAAAAAGAGAUGUUCAGAGGUUGUGAGCAGCUUUGAAGACUAAGCUGUGAGUCAACACACCGGCCAAGAUGCCUGCAGUGUCCACUGGGCUGAAGGACCUUUACCUGUCCACAUCUCUAGGAGACCUUAAUAAGAAAGCUGACAUUAAGCUGGACAAGAGUAGCACAAGAAGCUAUGUUCAGAGUGCUUGUAAAAUCUUCAAGGCAGCUGAGGAAUGUCGUCUGGACAGAGAUGAGGAGAAGGCAUAUGUGCUCUACAUGAAGUAUUUAACAGUGUAUGAUCUCAUCAAGAAAAGACAAGACUUCAAACUUCAACCGGACUACUUCCUAACCAUGCUUGGACCAUCCAACUUUAAGAAAGCCAUUGAAGAAGCUGAGAAGCUUUCAGAAAGCCUGAAACUUAGGUAUGAAGAAGUUGAAGUUAGAAAAAAGCUUGAGGAGGAGGAGAGACAACACGAAAUGAAAAAGAGGGAAGAAAUAACUGAGAAAGAUGGCCAAAGCUCCCCCAAAGCAGCAUCUGCUAACAAGAAAGAUGUGAAAAAGGUGAAAGGAGAACAGAAUGAGCUGAUGACUGCAAUUUCAAAAGCACCAGGUCCCGCUGGUGGAAUCACAGCUGAGAAUCUUUUUCACAUGAUGAAGGACCAGGCUAUUACAACUAUUGUCAUGGAUGCUCGCAGCCACAGCGACUUUGAGAAAUCUCAUAUACGAAUCCCAGCUCAGACCUGCAUCAGCGUGCCUGAAGAGGCCAUCAGCCCAGGAAUCACUGUGAAUCAGAUUGAGGGGAAGCUUCCAGAGGAGUCCAAAUAUCAUUGGAAACAGCGGGGUUUUGUGGAUUAUAUUGUCCUGCUAGACUGGUGCAGUUCCAUCACUGAUCUGAAACUGGGCACCACUUUGCAGAGCCUUAAAGAUGCCCUUUAUAAGUGGGACAGCAUCACCAUCCUGCGUAGUGAGCCACUGGUCCUGGAGGGAGGUUAUGAGAACUGGCUUUUGUUUUAUCCCAUGUUCACAACCAACGCUAAAGUUCAGCCUCCCAGACAGAGCGUUAUCAGCACCCUCCCUCAGUUGAACUUCAGCUAUCCAUCCCUGGAUGAAAUAAAGCCUCCAAACCCACCAGAGCCUGAGACUAAACCUGAGCUGGAACCAUCAGCUCCUUCACUAAUGAAUGGUGUUGCUCCAACAGACCACAACACACCUAAAUCUGUGGUAAAUGACAAGUUGCCAGACACCGUCUGUUCCCCCACCACAAACUCCACACAUGCUGGACCUGAGCUUAGUAAGAAGAGCCCUGCAGCAGGAUCAACCAGCCAGUCAGGUGCCACAGCCAAGGUCUUACCAAAGUUUGACCGAACCAAGAAGCCAUCUGUCAGGUUGUCGGAUGAAAGUAAGGCUAGUCAGAAUGGUUCAGCAAAAGACUCCGCCCUUAACAGCCCGCUUGUCCCUGACCGUUCAUCUAAACCACUAUUCAGUCCCAGCACUACUCUGUCCAAAGAAGAACAAAGCCAGACAGACAUGUAUACUGUGAACGGGACAGAGAAGACCAAAUAUGAGCAGGAACAACACAUCCAAGAGCCGCGUCCUGAAGAAGAGAGACAGGAGAAGGAACAGACGGAGGCAGAGUUGAAACAAAGGCCACAAAGGGAGGACAGUGAAAAGAGAAAGAAUGAGGAGGCCAAGCAGCAUCAGGAGAAGAGAAUUGAGAGGCAAAAGGCACAAGAAGAGGAGGACAAGGAGAACAAAGGAUGGGAGGAAAAAGAAAGAAGAGGAAAAGAGCAACACUCUGACACACCAUUAAAAAGUACUUCUCUGGAUUCUCCUUCUUCUAACCACACUGGCAGUGAGAUGAAGAGGGAUCCUCUCAUAAGAGCAAGAAGUGAGGAGAUGGGGCGGAGUGUACCAGGUCUGCCAGAUGGCUGGAUGAAGUUCCUUGACACAGUGACAGGGACCUACCGAUACUACCAUUCCCCAACCAAUCGUGUCCACCUAUACCCUCCUGAGGUUACUGUUCCCCAAACCCCCCCUUCCACACCACCAACAGUCAAACAGAAACAGCAAAGACGGGCUGAGCCAGACCCCAACCGCGAGCGAGAACGGGACCAGUCCAAACUGAAACGUUCAUACUCCUCCCCUGAUAUUAGCCAGGACCUGAGAGAGGAGUCCCAGAAGAAAGCCAUCCCCCAGACCGCUGCGGCUUCCAUACCAACCAUCAACAGAGAGACCAAGCCGAAUACUGCUAAAGUGUAUUCUAAAGUGGAGAACGUGCGCCCAUCUGCUGCCAAAAUCCGCAACCUAAAUCCUACAUUUGGAGGUCUGGGAUCAUCUCUGACUGGCCUUCGUAACCUUGGCAACACAUGCUAUAUGAACUCCAUCUUGCAGUGUUUGUGCAACACUCCUGCCAUGGCUGACUACUUCAACAACAAUUAUUACAUGGAAGACAUAAACAGGUCCAACAUUCUUGGUCAUAAAGGUGAGGUGGCAGAAGAGUUUGGCGUGAUUAUGAAGGCCUUGUGGGCAGGUCUGUACAAGUGCAUCAGUCCACGGGACUUUAAGAUCACCAUAGGCAAAAUCAACGAGCAGUUUGCUUCCUAUGACCAGCAAGACUCACAAGAGCUGCUGCUUUUCCUUAUGGAUGGUCUUCAUGAGGACCUCAACAAGGUAGCAGACAACAGAAAGCGAUAUAAGGAGGAUGACGAUGACAAUGAUCAUUUGGAUGAUCAGACGGCAGCAGACCUGGCAUGGAGAAAACACAAGAUGCUCAAUGAGUCCAUCAUUGUUGCACUGUUCCAGGGUCAGUUUAAAUCCACUGUACAGUGCCUCACCUGCCACCGCAAGUCACGCACCUUUGAGACCUUCAUGUACCUGUCACUGCCUCUGGCCUCGUCCAGCAAGUGCUCACUGCAGGAUUGUCUGAGGCUGUUCUCCAAGGAAGAGAAGUUAACGGACAACAACAAGGUGUUUUGUCGACAUUGCAAGGCCCACCGAGAUUCCACCAAGAAAUUGGAGAUCUGGAAGGUCCCUCCCAUUCUGCUGGUCCAUUUAAAACGCUUUUCUUAUGAGGGCAGAUGGAAGCAGAAGCUGCAGACGUCUGUAGACUUCCCUCUGGACAGUCUGGACCUGGCCCAGUAUGUCAUUGGACCUAAAAACAACCUCAAGAGAUACAAUCUUUUUGGAGUUUCUAACCAUUACGGGGGUUUGGAUGGAGGCCACUACACGGCGUACUGUAAGAAUGUUCUCAAACAGCGCUGGUUCAAGUUUGAUGACCACGAGGUGUCCGACAUCACCACCUCAUCCGUCAAGUCCUCUGCAGCCUAUAUCUUGUUUUACUCCGCGCUGUGACGGAGCUGUAGGACUUUAUGAUGGCGCUACACCAGAGCAACGACACUCAAGCCUCGAGGUUGUUUGCGUUUUCUUCUUAAAUCACAGCUCUGGCGACCUGUGCACUUGGUAUGAGGUUAGAUGAGUACGUGCACGCACACGAGGAUGCACUCAUCUAGCUUGUUUUGGUUGGGGGAGAGGUGCAGGUACACCGUGCGAUGCUUGAGCUGCUAGAGCUGAUAAACAUGCUGCCUGUUCAUAUUACUGAUCAUGCUGAGACUUAACAGAUACUCCUUUUACUCUGACUUCUACACCUUGAGGUGUUGUAGGACAAACAGCUAGUUCAGGUGAUCUUUAAUUUUUGUUGCACUUGGUGUGGACGACUGUUGCAGAAGUGAUCUUCAGCUUUCUGGUACUGUGUAUGCACAGGUUAACACUUAGACAGCAUGUACAUAUUUAACAUUGCUAAUGUUGCACAUUCUGUAUGUACAUAUUUUUCUGUUCUGUGGCCAAAUUUACCUUGUGUUUUGGAAGGAAGAGUAGCGGCCUUCAUCAUACCAUCUUGUUUAUGAGGAUGUUUCGUAUGUUUCUAAGGUAACAUUAAAGGCAUGAAAGCAGAUUAAAUGGUAUUAAAAUGGAUUUACGAGGCUGUGAGCACAGAAAGUAAUUUGGGCGUCCUAAAAGGCAGUUGGCUUGUGCUCAUUGAUAUUACCCACAUUCUUACACUUACAUCAUAUGCAAUCUGUUUAAAAUGUUUAUGUAAAUACAAAGUUUGGUCCAUAGUGACACAAUUUGUCAUUUUUGCAUCUGUACGCCAACGAAAUGGAGAUGAAUUGAAACAGUCGCGAUGCUUUCAUAGUGUAGAUGUCCAGCUUUAAUUCAAGGGAUUUAACAACAAUAUCACAGUAACCAUUUAGGAUUUACAGCCAGUUUUGCACAUAGUGCCUCCAUUUUCAUAGAGUGUGAGUAAUUAGACAAAUUAAAUGUGAGGAUUAUUGUUGAUUCAAAUCACAUUCAUCUUUAGAUAAAUUGCAGUGGACACAUCAACGGUUCCAACUCACUGAACAUGUCUUGGAUUUAAAUUUCAACACUCAAUAAAUACAUAGUAAAUCUGUCAGAAGUAGCUGCUUUUCAAAAGUAAAUGGCCAUACUAGAAAGAGAUGAGUGAUGAAUGCUACCAAGGUUCCCAUAACAAUUCUGAAGGAGUUAUAGGCUUCUGUAAAUAAUAAAUGGACUGCUUGUAUGGUCAAAGCUCUUUACAGUGAUGCCUCACAUUCACCCAUUUGCACACAAACACACACAGAAUAAUAAUAAAUGUUGUGUCUGAUGAUUUGCAGAUGUCCAUGCUGGAUUUGACGGUCGCAAAUUGAGUUUUACCAGUGACGCGUUAGCAGAGCCGGUAAAACGGCUAGUUGUCGUGAACAUCCGCAAAUCAUCAGACACAACUGGGUUAUUCCCAUUCUAAUCCAAUUCCAUUGUUUGCACAAUUUAUUUUUCUAAGUAAUUCGGUCAACGAAUUGUUGCGAAAGGGCGUGGGCGGCUUGUCAAAGCUUACCGUACCAACAGUGUGUUCAUGAAAAUUCUGUGAGCAGACAGACAGAUUUCUCCAUCUCGUCAGCUGCAUUGAGUUAAAUCCAUCAAGCGAUCCAGUUAAAUCCAUUAAAUCCACACAUUUCUGCAUCACCGUCCCUGCACUAGUUUCUGUCGCUCUUUGCUGACAGCGCCAUUCAUGACACCUGCGCACUAACACGGUCAGGGGGCAGAGUAACACAUCAAAUGUGAAACGGUUUUAAUAUUUUGCUACCGUCAGUGUGAUAUUUCAUGGUCUGAAAUCUCACACAAUUAACCAAUCACAUUCGUGGAAAAAAUGGAAUUGGAUUAGAAUUUAAUUUAGAAUACACUUUACAUUCGUAAUAAAUCUCAAAGUGCUACAGAAGUCAGGGUGCUCCAAUGCAAGGUGUUCACUACACACCGGGAGCAAUUUUGGGAUUAAGAACCUUGCCUAAGGGACCCGAGUGUUUUGUUUUUGUCACCUCCUCAGUCUGACAGGGAUUUGAACCGACAGUCCCGGGAGCCCAUCACAGUUUGACCAUCACCUCCCCUGGAGCUGAUGAAACUGUGCACAUUAGAGAAGUGGAAAAAGAUCUUAAUACAAGAAAACAAAGUCUGGGCUUGAGUCUAAAGUUUGUAGUAAAUUUGCAAGAUUUCACAUAUCUUUAGGGAAAGUCCUUCUGUCACUCCACCAUGAAGUGAUGUAACUGGUGAUGCAACAGACAAAAGUAGCUCUGUGCAGUUUCUCCAGUCACAGCCACAGAAUUCUGUAACUCUGAGUUUCAUAGGUGUCAGAGUCGCUCAGUUUUUGUCAUGUUCAUGUAUCCAUCCCCUGGCUUGUCUAAAGAAAGGCAUCUGUAAAUGGGAGGAUUUUAAUUUUUUUUAAAAAACAACACAACUUGUAUUUAGUUUUAUGACCCCUGAAAAUCUCGGGACUGUGUACAAAAAUGGCAGUAAUUCCGAAAUGGCUAAUGUGAUAUUUUAUUGUUUCCCUUUAAUUAAAGCUGAAAGUCUCACACUACAAGCACAUGUUUUAUUUCAACUCCAUUGUAACAUUGUUCAGAGGCAAACUUUACAAAAAUGGCAUGACUUCCCGAAUACGGACCUGACUGAAUUGUUCAAAAUCUGAUGAUUAAUAAUGAUGGUGAAGUCUCGUCAGUCUUGGUUGGUUCAGCUGGAUCCGUUAUCGUGUUGUUAUUGGAAUCUUCUUGAAUGACGUGUGAUGCAGAACUCUGGAGAGGAAAGUUUUGGUUUGGUGUCUUCAUUCAAAAAUCAAAAUCAUCUAAAUCUGCAGUUUAGAUUGAGUUUUGAACAGCCUAAUUGUAAUUAAGAUUAUAUUUAAAUUCAGUGCUGAGAGACAGAAGGCCUGAAAUAGACUUUAUUUGCUUAAAUUAGUGCAUUACUGUCUGUGUUUGCUGUCAGGUUUCAUUGAAGAACAAGCAAAAUCACAAUACAAAUAAAAAAUAAGUACUCCUGGGAGGACCAUAGAUCUAAAGGGGCCAGGAUCUGAUUCUCUGCUUCCUGACUAGUUACUUUUGCUGAACUGAGAUCAUAGUAAUAUCUUUUCUUGUACAUUGUUUUUUUUAUUAUUUCUUGUUUAGUUUCACAUAUAACAAAUAUAUUAACCUCAAACUCAAACUAUUUAUUAAAAAUCUUUCAAAUUAG